AACAUACCUCGAGAUUUCUGGCACAGAAUUCGAGUUCUUAGAACGAGAAGAAGCUAUAACGGUCUGUCUUCUUAGAAUCUCGGGCACAUUGGUAUAUUGCAGACUUAAUUUAUUUAUCUAAAAUAGCGAACUUGAACAGUCGAUCGUCAUGACUGUCGUUGGCUGCAACAAGUGUGUCAAAUUCAUGCUCUUUUUCUUUAAUUUCGUUUUCUGGUUGGCUGGAGGUGUGAUCUUGGGAGUGGCUCUAUGGCUUCGUCAUGACAACCAGACCAGCAGUCUCCUCAUGCAGCAGUUUGAAGGCCAGCAGGCCCCAAACACCUUCUAUACCAGCGUGUACAUCCUGAUUGCUGUGGGAGCUGUGAUGAUGAUUGUAGGGUUCCUUGGUUGCUAUGGUGCCAUCCAGGAAUCUCAGUGCCUCCUUGGAACGUUCUUCUUCCUGUUGGUGUGCCUCUUCGCCUGUGAGGUGGCUGCUGGGAUCUGGGGAUUUAGUAACCGUGACACAAUCUCCAAGGAGAUGAUAAACUUCUAUGAUGCGGCGUACAUCAAGUCAGUGGACGUUGUGGACUCUUCCAGCAAAACAGCUGCUAUCAAAGUCCUGGAGGUGUUCCACGAGACGCUGGACUGCUGUGGUAAAGGAGAUGACUCCCCCUUGUUCAAACAAGUAGCCGGAGCUCUGUGUCCCAAGAAGACCCAGGACGAUGCCUUGUUGAAACCUCAGAGCUGUCACCUGAAGCUGAAGGACCUCUUCUCCGAGAAGCUCUGCCUGAUUGGUCUAGCUGCCCUGGUGGUCGCUGUCAUCAUGAUCUUUGAGAUGAUAUUCACCAUGGUCCUCUGCUGUGCGAUUCGCAACGCCACCCCAGUGUACUAGAACCACAGAACCAUAGAACGACGGAACCAUGGAAUCAUAGAACCACAGAACCAUAUUGGAGGGGAAAGUCCUCUACAGAUCAAAGCCAACAAAGGGGAUGCAAAUGUUAUGUUAUGUUUUGUUUAGUCCCUGUUAUGUUUUGUGUUGUACUUCCUGUUUUGUGAUGUAGUUCCUGUUUUGUGUUGUAGUUCCUAUUAUGUUUUGUGAUGUACUUCCUGUUAUGUUUUGUGUUGUACUUCCUUUUUUGUGCUGUAGUUCCCGUUUUGUGUCUUAGUUACGUUUUGUGUUGUAGUUCCUGGUUUGUGUUGUAGUUACGUUUUGUGUUGUAGUUCCUGUUUUGUGUUGUAGUUCCUGUUUUGUGUUGUAGUUGCGUUUUGUGUUGUAGUUACGUUCUGUGUUGUAGUUACGUUUUGUGUUAUAGUUCCUGUUUUAUGUUGUAGUUACGUUUUGUGUUGUAGUUCUUGUUCAUUCUUAUUAUAUUGCAGGAUCAUGUACAUUUUUAUAUGUACAUUUUAUAUGUACAUUUUUAUCAGUAUUUUUGAAUAGAGACUAGAUUUUACUACUGUAUUUUUGUUAAUUAUGUUUGAACAAAACUUCUAAUGUAACAGUUUGAGUCUUUUGAUGACUGUUGAUUAAAUGCCAGGCUUUGACCAGCGGACAUUCAAGUGGAAGUGGAAUAAAAAAGGUGCACACACA